UAGCAACACUGCGUUGCUAUGAUAAACAGAGAUGUAAGUCGACUUUUCCCGGGUAGAUAACACAUUUUUUUCUUAAUAAUUUAUAUCGCUUUUAUAUUAAAAUGGAGUAACUUAUAGAACUGAGGUAUAGUGUUGCAAGAACAUAAAGUGGUUAGACCCUGAGGUUAAACUAUGGUAAUACAAAUAUUUGCCAUUAUUUUAAAAGGAACCAAAGUGAUGCCUCCUCCUGAAACAAUGUACUGCGCCCAGCAGAUCUACAUACCCCCAGAUCUGCCCAAUAUUUUAAAGCAGUUCACUAAAGCUGCUAUUAGAACGCAGCCACAUGAUGUUCUGCAAUGGGCAGUUGCCUAUUUCUCAGCACUGUCAAACGCUGAGCCUCUCCCAGUUAAGCAGAGGCUAGAAAUACCAGGGGCAACACAGAAAACAGACACAGGACUUACCCCAAAUCUUCUGAAGAACCUUCAUCAACAGUUUGCAUCUAAAGAAUUCAUCACAAAAGAGGAGCUUGUUAGAAAGUGGAAAGGCCUGAGCUUGCCUAUUGAACAUCUUGACACAAUCCUUGCACUUGGUAAAUUCAGUGAAACUGUCAAUUGGAUGCAGUUUUUUGCCUUAGCAUGCAGUGCUUUGGGAGGGACCAUCAUGACCGCCUUGAAGCAUGCAUGUGAGAUAUUGACAGAGGACCCUGAGGGGGCAGCGGCCCAGAUUCCAUUCAGCACAUUUCAGAGUCUGUACACAUACCUGGCCCAUCUGGAUGGAGAGAUUCCAGAAGAACAGAUUGACAGCUUCUUGCAAAGCCUACAGGAGUAUGCAGAUCAACAAGGAGGGAUGGUGCAACCUUCACAUUUUACAGGCGCGUGUAACACUGUGAAGCCUAAAUAGAGUCCAGGACAGAUGGCAUUCAUAUGCCAACGACAUUCUUGUUGAUGCCUAUAGUACAUGCUCGCACGCUGUAAAAUACUCUGUAUUGAUAAUGUGUUCUGCCUGCUUCAUUCUGUCUAUCGACGUGAUUUAAACCUUAAUAAAUCUUCCAAAUCUCA